AUGAAGAAAAUGACGGACGACAAAAACAGCAGUGAAAACAACAACCAGAUUGCAAAAAAAAAAACAACAGCUUUCAUAAGGAAAGUAAAAGAAAACCUUGAGAAAAGUAUCAGAAGGGCACAAAGACUCCUCCUCUCCUCCUCCUCUCUCUCUCCCUCCCCCAUCUCUCCCUCUCUCUCUCUCUCUCUUUCCCUCACCCAUUUUGCUGUAUGUCGGUCAUGUACACUAAAACCCUCCCUCCCUCCCUCAGCAACCAACGCAAUAAUUUCUUUUCAAUUUGAUAUUUUACUGCAGGUCGUAUCUAGCAGAUUUUUUUUUCUUUUUUUUUGUUCACAAUGCGACUUCUUGUCAAAUGCGAAACGUAAGCUAUCUAUCUAUCUAUCUAUCUAUCUAUCUAUCUAUCUAUCUAUCUAUCUAUCUAUCUAUCUCAUUCUCUCGUAUCUAUCUAUCUAUCUUAAUCGGUUCGUAUCUAUCUAUCUAUCUCAUUCUGUAACUUCCUUUCUAUCUAUUUAUCUCUUUCUAUCUAAUUAUGUUCUUUCUUUCUAUCUAUCUAUCUAUCUAUCUAUCUAUCUAUCUGAAUAUUUCGUAUCUAUCUAUCUAUCUAUCUUAAUCGGUUCGUAUCUAUCUAUCUAUCUAUCUAUCUAUCUAUCUCAUUCUGUAACUUCCAAUCUAUCUAUUUAUCUCGCUCUAUCUAAUAAUGUUCUUUCUACCUUUCUAUCUAUCUAUCUAUCUAUCUAUCUAUCUAUCUACCUGAAUAUGUUCGUAUCUAUCUAUCUAUCUAUCUAUCUAUCUAUCUAUCUAUCUUAA